UCUUUGCAAGUGUUCGCGGUGGCGGCGGUGAUGAUGAUGGCUCUCCGACCGUGCAGCCGCUCGUUGACGGCGGCCGCUCACGCACGGCUUACGGGUGCAACGCCGACUCGUUUCUCCGCGCGUGCGACGUAACGUAACGUGGAUCGGCGUCCGAAAGGAGUAAUGUCUCCGGCGUGGACAGGUGCGUGGCCGCCCGGUGCCAAUUAGGAGCGAGAAGUUUACUUGCGGCGGGCGGGCGAGCCGGCCGGUCGUGCCAGGAGCUUGAGGCGGCCACCGCGGCAACGCUUCUCGAUCCGUUCAUGGUGAGGCAUUUCCGUCAAGCAUGCUGACUAUAUAAGACGAUUUCAUUCAAAUCAAAUCUCUACAAAGAUGUGAUCAAUCACUUUUUUUUUUGCAACUUGAUCCGUUCCUUAGUUGCGGCAAUAAGAAUGACAGCGGCUCCUCAGGUUAAACAGUUGAACUGAGUCAUGACGACGUGCGGCUUCAAUUUGACGCCAGUAAACCUGUUUGUCUGCUGUUCGAGGGAUGAGCUGGCAACUUCGACUGUAGCGCAGGUCUGCUCAGUCAUGAUCAGUCCAAAUGAGCACUGAUGCUGUCUGGAGGGAGCCCAAUGUGACCUCUGGCUACUUGCACCAAGGGUAGCUUCCACUCUCCUCCGCUCCGCUGCAUAGCUCGGAUGCUAUGUCUCAUUGACAUUGUCAGUCAGAGACCGAUUACAUAAUGAACACCUCACUUUGGUGAGGCAGGCAGGAGGGGUGCUAAAGGAGGACAGUGUUACAUAAUCCGUGUUUUCCUUCCACUUGAAUGGGAUGCUGAUGCAAGCAGCUCUGCAAAUAGGCCCCCUCGGAGGCCUUUAUGGUGCCCAUCAGCAUCACGAGUGUUUCAUGUUCCAAGGUUUCGUCGCUAUCACCUUCCGCGACCUCAUCAGAGGGCCACUCGCGAGGAAUCACAGCGUGAUCAUUGGGUGGAGGGCUUCUGUUUGCUCGCAGCUGCCAGCCAGCCAGCUCUCAAUGGAUUCUUUCAUUGUGUUUGGAAUCAAUAGGCGUCUGAACUGAAAACAAUAGCCAGCCUCGGUGAUCAUGUGAAAGAUCUCUCGUUGAAGAGCAUGGGGACACCGAAUAGAAGCACAGAUCCAAAAUCUCAUGUCCAGGACAGGCCAAAGCAAUCUCAGAAGGCGUUAACCGGAUGGAGCAGUAGGAAAGGUGACGCCCGACUCCCGCAGAUGAGUUGAGGGAUUUGUCAACUAAACCUGCAACUACAGUGAGAGUCGUGCGAGGCGCGACGGUAGGCGCUAGACCGUCAUCGAGGAUGGACGAGGCGGCCAGCCGGCUGGAGCGGGAGCACGUGCACGGCGUCUACGACACCAUCGCGCCCUUCUUCAACGACAGCCGCUACAAAGCCUGGCCCAAGGUGCGCCAGUUCCUGCUGGACCAGCCGCCCGGGAGCAUCGUCGCUGACGUCGGCUGCGGCAACGGCAAAUACCUCGACAUUAACGAGGGAGUGUUCAAGCUGGGCUGCGAUGUUUGUCGCCCCCUGGUGGACAUUGCCGGUAGCCGAGGCCACGAGGUGCAGAUGUGCGAUGGGCUCCACCUGCCUUACCGGGACGGCUGCUUCGACGCCGUGCUGUCCAUUGCAGUCAUCCACCACUUGUCCACCAAAGAGCGUCGUAUCCGAGCAAUAAGGGAGAUGGCGCGCACGCUGCGUGUGGGCGGCCACGUCAUGAUCUACGUGUGGGCCAUGGAGCAGAAGCGCCGCAAGUUUGACAAGCAGGACAUCUUCGUCCCGUGGAACCCCGGCCUUCUUUCCCCCGACGCCGGACCGCCGCCCGGCCGGCCGGCGGCCCAGAGCGUCAGCGACGCCAUCGGCGACAACACCGGCGACAAGCACAGGAAGGUCCGAAGCACAUCGUCCGUGGCCGACGCGGCGCCGCCACCCGCGCCCGGCUCACUCAAACUCUGGUUCUUCUCCCGCUCCCUGGACUCGGUCUUGGACUUUGGGAGCUUGUCCAUGUCCCGCUCGUCGUCCCGGGAGCUCAGCGCUUCGUCGCCCACCGGCGGCGCGGUGGGCCGGCAAGGACGAGGCCGGGCUCUCAUCCAGCACUUGUCCAGCUUCUUCUCGCCACCGGCCACGGUCGGGUCCGAGGAGGACGUCUUUGGCUCGGGCAGCAAUCUGCACGAGGAGCCCAAAGAGCAGCGCGGCGCCGGCGCGGCCCUGGCGCCGGAAUGCGGCGCACUGGCUCUGCCCGACUUGGUGCCCUUCCAGAGGGAGCGCCCCGGGCCGGAGAGUCAGGCGGCGAGCGACGGCUCCUGCUUGAGGUACUACCACGUGUUCAGGGAGGGCGAGCUUGCCGAGCUCAUUGGCAAUCACGUGGCCCAACUCCGCGUCCGCCGCGCUUUUUUCGACCACGCCAACUGGUGCGUGGUGGCCGAGAAGGUGGAGCCUGACCGGAUCUGAUUUCUUUGACUUUGGUUUUUAAUUUAUUCUGUCGUUUUUAUCGUCCGCCUACGAGUUUUAGCACUGAAUCUGGGUUUUUACUUUAACUCAAAGAUUCCAGGAGCUCCGUUUGGACUUUUACUCGAUGUUUCAAGGAGUUGACAGUCUUACGAAUGCAAAGGUUAUUCCAAGGUUGCAACACACGACUGAUUUGUUUUAGCCCCCCCAAAAAUGAUUUUUCGGGUGUCGGAUGGACCCGCUUUUUAUAUUAUCCAACAAACAUCUAUUAACAAGGCAGUCUUGCAGAAAAUGGUCAAUCCCCCUGGUGGACAAUAUGGGGGUGUCCUUUUUUUUUUUUUUUUUUUAAUCAAUUGAAAAAUACGUUUUUAGCGUGGAGAAUCGAAACUCCUUCGAGCAUUUUGUAAUGGGAGUGGCACAAGUCAGAGUAUUAGGCACACUUGGUGAGCCGAAGCAAUAACAACAUAUGACGUCAACUCCGCAAUAUGAGACAAAACACAAAUAUUGACGGAAGAAAUUGCCCCCACCCCAAAAUCAGUAAAGGGGGGGAAAAAAAUCAGUCUACGGGUUCUCGCACGGAAAUUCUUAUUUGACCUGAUGAUUCCACAAGUUUGAUGUCUUACAAACGAAAACGUUACUCUGCAGCUGCAACGCACAACUGCUUUGGAGGAAAAGUAGCGCCAUCUGGUGGAUACAUUUUAAAACACAAACGUUACACUUGAAAGAUAGUUGGCUUAAGAAAUGCGUGUGUCAAUUUACACGUUAAAAUGCACACCAUUUUCCAAUGUUUGACUGCCUGUGAGUUUUAACAGCUCACUUUUGAGAGGGGCUCUCUCUCUCUUUGUCUCUCCAGCCUUGAAGCCGAAAGUUCCUCCGUGGCUGCAACGCACGCACGACUGUUCCUUUUUAUUCAAGUCUUCAAGACGUGGAAAUUUUAGUGUUCGUCUCAUUGAUGUUUGUUAGCGCAAUUUUACCGCUUUUUUUGCUGUUUCGUUUUGUAAUUGAUUUUUAUUGUUUUUUCUUCUUUUGCUAUGCUUGGGUAGGGCGUUGCUUCUACGUCGGCGCUCCGGCCGUUUCAUACUGUGAAUCGACGUGGCACUUGUAUAUCGCCCAUUGUGAUUGAUAUGGAAACUUGAAACAUUGUGCCAAGGAGGUGUGUUGUGUCUUUGUGCUGUCAAUGACGUACGUCGUCUCUUUCUUGAUUAAAAGCUCUUGUGUUGAUGGUCAAA